UGACCCUUCUAACAGGGCUUUUUUGCUUUAUCCUCCUUUCUCCUCAAUUAACACCAUUGAAAGCCGAGUAAGGAGAAUGAGAAGGGAAUUUGAGAGAUAAAUAUGGCGACUCGGGAAGAAUUCAAGGUAGUGGUAGUGCCGUCGGAUCGUCACGGCAUAGACCCACGACCACUUACAUCAUCUGAAGCCACCACCGAAGAGAACUGGCACGACUGCCCUUCCGAUCUUGCCUAUAACGACGACGAGUUCCCAGCUCUUGAUGCUUUGCAAUUCUUUCGCCUUGAAUCUACUUCUGAUAAAUCCGGCAAUCGCAUAUUUCGAAUCGUUGGCAAAUACUUCCCUGCCCCAGUGAUCCAUGGCGAAUGGCUAAAGAAGUACAUAAUAUACAAAAUCUCCACAGAAUUGCCACAAGGCCCGUUUUGCAUUGUCUACAUGCAUUCCACCGUUAGAAAUGAAUACAACAACCCCGGAAUCACCAUCUUGAGAUGGAUCUACGAAGAGCUUCCUUCAGACUUUAAGGACCGCCUUCAAGUUCUCUACUUUGUUCAUCCCGGAAUCCGCUCCAGGCUCCUUAUGGCCACCCUCGGCCGCUUCCUCUUAAGCGGAGGGUUAUAUUGGAAGGUGAAGUAUGUGAGUAGGUUGCAGUAUCUGUGGGAGGAUAUGAAGAGAGGAUCGAUUGAGAUUCCGGACUUUGUGGCUGAACAUGAUGAAGUUCUUGAAAAUAGACCGUUGACUGAUUACGGGAUUGAACCAGACCCGCUUCAUUUCACGGGACUUCCUUCCAAUAGUUUCUCGUAUGGGAGGUAUGAAGAUAGGUGGACAUCUCGUGAGCCCAUGUCUUAAAUCUUGUCUCAAUACUGAAAAAUUGAUAGAUGUGUCAUGUCAUGUGUGUACAACAAGUAUGUAUGUUAAAGAUGUUAGUUUUGUCUGAAUUGCUAAUGUGGGUAAAGAAUAAAGUGUGUAAUGUUGCUUAUUUUGGGAAA